AUGGUGCCCAAGAAAGAUAUCUCUCAGUCGUAUAACAAUAGCAUUGGAUUGUACUACGUCGAAUCUAGCCAGUCAGAAGUGGUUUCAGAGAAGGCAACCGAAGGCAACCUCGAUCCUAUCGAUGAAUACUUGACACCAAUUUCGGGUUUGAGGCCUACCCAUGGGUCACACGUUGCCAGCCACAUCACCGUCGCCAAUCAAAAGAUUGCCACCCCGUAG